ACUCUUAUAUAUCUUCCCUCCUGAGAACCCACCAUUCCUCCCCUUCUCUCUCACGCUGCAGCAAUAAAAACAACCACUUCACUCAACAUUUUCAGAAACCAUUAAUCUUUCAAAGGAGAAAUGGAUCCGUGCCCUUUUGUACGGAUCCUUGUUGGUAACUUAGCACUCAAGUUUCCCGUCUCUUCGAAACCUUCCUUGUUAAGUGUACAAUGUUUUUGCAAGAUCAAGCUCAAGAAUUUCCCUACUCAAAAAGCUACAAUCCCUUUAGUGAACAAUAAAAAACAACAAGAAAAUCAAAAACCAGAAGGCAAUCCUUUAUCGAGUUCUUUAGCUGCGUGUUAUAGUCUUGACAAGACUCAGAUUGAUGAUCUUUUGUCUUGCAAGAAACCCAAGAAUUUGGAGAUUGAGGUGUACAUUAGAGACAACGGGGUUACUUGUGGAUUGAAAGAUGGGAAAAUGUUGGGGAGAGUGACUGUGCCUUUAGAGAUGAGAAAGUCAGAGUCUAGGCCUUGUGUUAUGCAUAAUGAAUGGAUUGAUAUUGGAGAAAACAAGAAAGGAGAACCUACACAGUUUUAUUUUUGUGUUAGAGUUGAGCCCGAUCCUAGAUAUGCAUUCCAGUUUGGUGGAGAUCCUGAGUGUAGUCCUCAGGUUUUUCAGGUGCAAGGGAGUGUUAGGCAGGCGGUUUUCACUUGCAAGUUCAGCUUGAGGAAUCCAGGAGAUCGUAAUUUGGUUUCUAUGCCAUCAAUGACAGAACCAGCCCCAUCAAGAAAUUGGCUGCCCUCCCUUGAAGCUGAUAAAGACCCAUCAGCAAAAGAGCGAAAAGGAUGGUCAAUCACGAUCCAUGACCUAUCUGGAUCGCCUGUUGCUAUGGCAUCAAUGGUGACACCAUUUGUACCAUCCCCGGGUUCGAACCAUGUUAGUCGGUCCAAUCCCGGGGCGUGGCUAAUUCUUCACCCAGCACAAGGAACUUGGAAACCAUGGGGCCGCCUGGAGGCAUGGCGUGAACGUAAUGCCAAUGCUUUAGGAUACCAUUUUGAAUUGCUACAUGACUCUGUUUCGGCCUCCCCUACCACCACCCCACUAGUCAAUUGUGUUAUCAAUGCUAAAAAUGGAGGGAAGUUUACAAUUGACACGACAAAUAGUGUUAGCACCCCAGUAAGCAGUCCACAUUCUAGUUGUGAUUUCGGGUCUGGACCGGGUUCUGGAUCGUGGUCUGGAUCGGAGUUUGGGUUGUUUUCCCCGUUUGUGUACAAAGGUUUUGUAAUGCAAUCAAGUGUCAACAAUGGUAAUGACCAAAGUAGUAAGCCAGAGGUGGAGAUAGGGGUGCAACACGUGAAUUGCACAGAGGAUGCGGCGGCCUUUGUGGCAUUAGCAGCAGCUGUGGAUCUAAGCGUGGAUGCUUGUAAAUCCUUUACUCGUAAGCUAAGGAAAGAGUUGAGACAGAGUCAGAGUUUUGACGUUUGACUAGUUUUUAUUUUUUUUAUUUUUGGGGGGUGGUUGUUUGAAGAUUGAUUUGUCGUUUGAGAGGGAUUAGAUAACUAACAACAGUUUUUUAGCUGGAUGUUAUGCAUUAUUAUUUUUUUGUACAGUGAGGAAUGACAAGGCACGGCUUUAUUCUUUUAA